GGCGAACUACCACUACUACAAUUGUUAAUUUCAUACAAGUCCUAAACAAUCUUGGACAAAUACCUUUAACAGAUGAAGCUCGUUUGUUUAUCUCGCACCCUACCAUGGUGACAUAUCAUUAUAUAAGAAGUGUUCGUUUUUGUCAAUCAACAUUCUCCUGAAAGCGUUCGCAGCUGCAAAGAUGCAGUUUUUGCUGUUCUCAGUGAGCGUUGCUCUCAUAUGUGGCAUUCUGACUUCAGUCCAAGGAUCAACUACUGGGUCUGAUACAUCCAAUUCAACCACAAAGGCUGCUUCCGGGCCGGAAACGACGAAUGGUGGAACUGCACCAGGAUCGGUCACUGCCGGUAAUACUGGCGGAGGCGGAUCCGGCGCUUCUGCGGGAGGUGGAUCCAGCAAUAACAAUAACGGAGGUGGAAAUAAUGCUGGAGGUGAAUCCGCGAGUACUGGUGGGAAUAAUAGUGGAAUGAACUCCGGUGUUGCUGGCGGUACUGGAACAGCAAACGGGACAGCAGGCGAGAACACCGGUACAAUGUGCACCUCGUUAAGUCCGGUUACCGUUCUUACCGUGACGGGAGUUGUCGCCCUUUUACAGUUGAUAUGGGCUUAAGUAUAGACAUGCCAUAUUUUAGAGGAAAAGGUCUUUAUUUUGUUAAAAACGAGAGGAGGAUAUAAAGCGAUAACUGCUUUAAUUGCAUUUUUAUUCAUUUUUGUUUGACUUUCUGUUCAGUUAUCUUAUCAGAGUUGAUUUUUUUGUAUCUAUGAUUGGCAUGCUAUGACAAAAACGUUUGUUUUUCGAAUGUCAAUCAUUAUACUAAGAUGUAGUUUGUAUAUUUUGUAAUAAAUUUAUUAAUAUAUUUAUGUUCAAAUGA